AUUUUUCAAUUUUGUUUAUCUCACAAUUGUGAAUUUUUAUAGACACGUACUUGCGCAAGAACGAUUUAACCGAUGUCAUUAUGGUAAUGAUUUAACCGAUGUAACAUGAGUUUUAUAACAUGAAAAUUAUACAUGUAGACGGUAAGAGUAACACACACUCAUAUAAGUUUUUCUACUGUUAAUUUUUAAAACUUUAAAAUAUAAUUUUGAUAUCAUUAUUUUUGAAAGCCGGGGUUGGCUAGAGCGUGGGAGCCAAAAGGGGUUCCCUAGGCUAGCUAAGCUAAUUUUGGCCAACACAUGCAACAAGGAACCAAGGAACCAACAAACCAAGAAAAAGGCGCAGGUUACGAGGCGGCGGGGGAUUUGGUUUGGCGGCAAAUCGCCGGCCAGCCGGACGAAUCCAUCGAUCGAGUUCUUGAACGGAUGAAUGGAUGAGCUGUCCCAGGAGCAGCUCGACGAGUUCCGCGCCGCAUUCAGCCUCUUCGACAGGGAUGGCGACGGUAACCUAUAUACUUCUUCCUCUGUUCCUUCUUCUUCAUCCUCCUCUGUUCCAUGGAUGAAGGGAUUGAUUUGGGCAGGGACGAUCACGCUGGAGGAGCUGGGGACGGUGAUGCGGUCGCUGGGGCAGCGGCCGACGGAGGCGGAGCUCCGCGACAUGAUCGCGGAGGUGGACGCGGACGGCAACGGCGCGGUGGACUUCGCCGAGUUCCUGGCGCUGGUGGACCGCAAGUUGCUCGACGCCGAGGACGACCUCCGCGACGCCUUCCGCGUCUUCGACGCCGACGGCAACGGCUUCAUCUCCCUCGACGAGCUCCGCCGCGUCAUGCUCGACCUCGGCGAGCGCCUCUCCGACGAAGAGCUCGCCCAGAUGCUCCUCGAGGCCGACGGCGACGGCGACGGCCAGAUCAACUACUCCGAGUUCGCCAAGCUCAUGAUGUCCAAGCUGGAGCUGGCGGGAUCGAAGCCGAUGGUGCCGCCGCUGUUCAAGAACGGGAUCCGGGUGUGCCGCUACCUGCUGGCGUUCCGGAUCUUGCAGGUCGGCCGGAACGUCGUCCGCCGCCGCUACAGGAGCGGGCCCAUGGACUGGAUGAGUGGGCCCAUUUUGAAAGUCAUGAGCGGGCCGUUCGAGAAGGUGCUCACCAGGCCCACGGAGAAGGAGAGGAGCGGCCCGUUGGAGGAGGAGAAGGAGAAGGAGAAGAGCGGCCCGUUGGAGGAGAAGAGCGCCGGCGGCGACCACCGGAGACGAUGCGGCACCUCAUGUACCAUCCUCUGAAUUCACUUCAGAUUAUAAUUCUCAGGUUUUCCUUUUUCACAGCUUACCGUGGGAAUGAAAUGAAUUGGUGGCCAA